AUGAGGGCGGAUGGUGAAAAUGUGAUGCUAAGAAAUGUUUUGGUUAGCCUCAAUGUACUGCUGUUGGCGUCCAUCUUCAGACCCUUUGAAUGCCACCUGGAAGUGAUGACAGAGAGAGUUAAAAAACAGGUGACUGAUGAAGAAGGCAGCUUUGCCAACUCCACAUCCCCUAUGAAAGAGCAACCCAUGGUCUUCAGCCAUAUAUACAACAUUAAUGUGCCUCUGGACAGCCUCUGCUCCUCAUCUCUAGAGGCCUCAUCUGACCCAGAGGUGAGUUCGGAAGAUGACCGGAUGACGGAAUACACCGAGCAGACCUCAGACAGUGAGAGCCAGGUCACCUUCACCCACAAGAUAACUCCCAAACAGACUUGCAAGUGUGCCGCCUCCUCCCGGGACAUACAGGAGCUGCUGAGCAGGAUUGAGAUGCUGGAAAGGGAGGUGUCUAUACUCCGAGACCAAUGCAACUCCAAUUGCUGUCAAGAAAAUGCAGCCACAGGGCAGCUGGAUUACAUCCCCCAUUGUGGGAGUCACGGUAACUUUACUGAAACCUGUGGGUGCAUCUGCGAUGAAGGCUGGGCUGGGAAGAAUUGCUCUGAGCCUCUCUGUCCCCUCGGCUGUUCUAGCCGGGUGGUGUGCAUUGAUGGCCAGUGUCUUUGCGACAGCGAUUAUAGUGGGGAGGAUUGCUCCGAGGCACGUUGCCCAACGGACUGCAUCCCGGGACUCUGCGUGGAUGGAGAAUGUAUCUGUGAAGAAGGCUUUGCCGGAGACUGUAACGAGCUCAGAUGCCCGGAGGACUGCUCAGGGAAGGGAGUCUGUGCCAAUGGGACUUGCAUCUGCCAAGAGGGCUACGUAGGGGAAGACUGCGAGUUGAGGUGCCUCAACGCUUGCAGUGGGCGUGGAUUCUCAGAAGGCCUGUGCUCUUGCGAGGAAGGUUACCAAGGACGGGAUUGUUCAGCAGUUGCUCCUCCCGAGAGUCUGCAAGUGGCUGCAGUCAGAGACCAAUCAAUUGACCUGGAAUGGGAUGGCCCAAUGGCUGUGACUGAAUAUGUCAUUUCCUACCAGCCAGCUGUGCGGGGCUUGCAGCUCCAGCAACGGGUACCGGGUGACUGGAGCACUGUCACUCUGAAGGAGUUGGAGCCAGGCCUGACAUACAACAUCAGCAUCUAUGCUGUUAUCAGUGAAGUGCUCAGUGCCCCGGUUGGAGUCAAGGUAGCCACCCAACUCUCUACUCCACGAGGACUGCAGUUCAAAACUAUCACAGAGACCACUGUUGAGAUGGAAUGGGAGCCCUUCUCUUUCUCCUUUGAUGGCUGGGAGAUCAGCUUCAUCCCCAAGGACAAUGAAGGAGGUGUGAUUGCACUUCCCAGUAGUAUGACAACCUUCAAUCAGACUGGCCUGAAACCAGGUGAAGAGUACACAGUGAAUGUGGUAGCUCUCAAGGAACAAGCCCGAAGUUCACCCACUUCAGCCAGUGUUUCAACCUUAAUUGAUGGGCCAACCCAGAUUUUGGUUCGCGAUGUCUCUGACACUGUGGCCUUUGUUGAAUGGUCUCCACCCCGGGCUAAAGUGGACUAUAUUCUACUGAAAUAUGGCCUAGAGAAUGAAGAAGGGGGGAAAUCCACUUUCCGAUUGCAGCCCCCACUGAGGCAGUAUUCCAUGCAAGCUUUACGACCUGGCUCCCGAUAUGAAGUCUCUAUCUCUGCUGUCCGUGGUGCUAAUGAGAGUGAUGCUGCAAUAACCCAUUUUGUAACAGAAAUUGAUGCUCCAAAGAAUUUGCGCAUACUCUCUCGGACAUCAGACAGCCUAGACCUUGAAUGGGACAAUAGUGAGGCAGAAGUGGAAAACUUCAAAGUGGUAUACAGCACUCUGGCUGGUGAGCAGUACCAUGAAGUUUUGGUGCCACGCAAGGCAGGUGCCACAUCGAAAGCCACCCUCACUGACUUGGUGCCAGGAACAGAAUACGGAAUUGGGAUUUCAGCUAUAAUGAAUAAUAAGCAGAGUGUUCCAGCCACCAUGAAUGCAAGAACUGAGUUGGACAGCCCUCAUGACCUGAUUGUGACAGCUUCCACAGAAACAUCCAUCUCUGUGUCCUGGACCAAAGUCAAGGGUCCCAUUGAUCAUUAUCGGGUCAUCUUCAUGCAAGCUUCAGGAAUGGCAUCAGAGGUUACUGUCUCUAAAGAUAAAUCUGCGCUUACGCUCACCGACUUAGAACCUGGGACUGAAUACACUAUCUCGGUCAUUGCUGAAAGGGGCCGUCAGCAAAGCUUGGAAAGCACAGUGGAUGCCUUCACAGGAUUCCGACCAAUCACACAACUUCACUUUUCUCAUGUAACUUCCUCCAGCGUGAACAUCACUUGGAAUGACCCCUCACCUCCAGCAGAUAGGCUGAUACUGACCUACAGCCCCAAAGAUAAGAAGGACACCAAGGAAGUGAUGCUGGACCCUACAAAGAGGCAUGCUGCUUUGUCAGGUCUACAACCAUCCACAGAAUAUAUCAUGUCCCUGGUGGCUGUACAUGGCCUUGUCAGCUCUGAGCCAAUAGUUGGUUCAGUCACAACAGGGAUUGAUCCACCGAAGAACUUGACAAUUGUCAAUGUGACUACAGAAUCUGUGGCUCUCCGUUGGGCACCUCCAAUGGCACCUUUUGACCACUAUAAGAUUUCCUGCAAAUCUGCCCAAGGACGAGUUGACAAUAUAGUUGUUGCAAAAGGUAUCACUGAAUAUACUCUCAACUACUUGCAGCCUUCAACGGAAUAUGAAAUCACCCUAAAGAGUAUCAGGGGCAGAGAGGAGAGUGAAUCACUUUCACAUACCAUGUAUACAGCCAUGGAUCAUCCAAAGAAUUUGAUUGCCAUAAACAUUACUCCAACAGAAACCUUGCUGAAAUGGGAUCCACCUGGGGUUGAAGCUGAAAACUAUGUCAUUGUGCUUACCCAUGACAGUGUUGCAGGAGAAACUAUUUUGGUGGACAGGACCCAACAAGAAUAUAAACUUAUUGAUUUACUUCCCAGUACCAGCUAUAAAGUCACCAUGUAUGCCAUCAAUGGGCCUGUCACAAGUAGAACCAUUUUCACCAACUUUACUACUCUUUUGGAUCCACCAUCAAAUCUUACAGCAAGUGAAGUGACUCGGCGAAGUGCUCUUCUUUCAUGGCUUCCUCCUGUCGCUGAGAUUGAGAAUUACAUCAUGACCUACAGAUCCCCUGAUGGGAGCCGCAAGGAGUUGAAAGUGGAGGCAGAAGAUACUUGGAUCCGCCUAGAAGGCCUUUCUGAAAACACAGAGUACAAUGUGCGCCUGCAAGCAGCUCAAGAUGCCGUGAGGAGUGGAUUUAUCUCCACCAUCUUCACUACAGGAGGCCGUGUAUUUAUGAAUCCUCAGGACUGUGCCCAGCAUUUGAUCAACGGCGACAAUCUGAGUGGCGUUUACACCAUUUCCCUUAAUGGGGAUCUGAGCCAGAGAGUGCAAGUAUACUGUGAUAUGACUACAGAUGGCGGUGGAUGGAUUGUCUUCCAGAGAAGACAGAAUGGGUUGACUGAUUUCUUUCGUAAAUGGGCAGACUAUCGCAUUGGCUUUGGAAACAUGGAGGAUGAGUUCUGGCUGGGGCUAGAUAAUAUGCACAAGAUUACAUCACAAGGGCGCUAUGAACUGCGGAUAGAUAUGAAAGAUGGUCAAGUAGCCACAUAUGCCUAUUAUGACAAGUUUUCCAUUGGAGAUGCCAGGAGUCUCUACAAGCUCCGGAUAGGGGACUAUAAUGGCACUGCUGGGGAUUCACUCAGCUAUCAUCAGGGACGUCCAUUUUCCACCAAAGACAGGGACAAUGAUGUUGCCGUUACAAACUGUGCUAUGUCAUACAAAGGGGCCUGGUGGUACAAAAACUGUCAUCGAACUAACCUCAAUGGUAAAUAUGGUGAAUCCCGACACAGCCAGGGUAUUAACUGGUACCAUUGGAAAGGACAUGAGUUCUCCAUCCCUUUUGUGGAAAUGAAGAUGCGGCCGUAUAACCAUCGCAACUCCCUGGGGAGGAAACGUCGAUCAGUACAACUGUGA